CUGACCUGCAUCAAAAUCCCACCUCCAAUCUCACACCCGCGCCGAGCUCAAUUGAUGAGAUCUGGAAAAGCAGAACAUGAGACUGACAUUAGCUUAUUCCGCCACUCGGUGUUCCCGGUGUUCUGUAACCUUCAGCGACUGUCGUCCCUCCGAUGCAUAAAAUGGUAUCCUUCGGCGCGGAUGACACUCGGUUUUGUUGCUAGCUAGACAUCGCUACAACACGAGAACAUGGAUCUCACUGGCUCGGCAUUCGUUAUCGGAGCAAGCGGAAUUGGCAAGGCUUGCGCAUUGGCCUUUGCCCGGUAUGGUGCUCGAGGCAUCAUCGUAGCGGAUCUUACCCUCGAAGCUGCUUCAGCCGUGGCAGCAGAGUGCAAAUCUCUUGCUGCCCAUCCGAGCUUCUUGGCCGAAGCAGUUGCCGUUGAUGUCACAAGGGAAGAAUCGGUUCAUGAAGCCAUCGCAUAUGCACACCAAAUCCUAGGUCGGAUCGACUACGCUGUCAACAGCGCUGGUGUCGGAGUGCAAUUGGCCAACGAAAUCGCCGAAGCCAGCGUCUCCGAGUUUGAGAAGAUGUUCAAAGUCAACGUAACCGGCACCUUCCUCGUCACCCGCGUUCUCUCAGCCAUCAUGAAGACCCAAGACCCCGUUCCCGUUGACGAAGCCGUUCCCGCGCGGGGUGUCUCACGGGGUAGCAUCGUCAACCUAGGGUCAGCAUCGGGGUUCGUUGCUACCCCAGGCAUGGUCCAGUACACGGCUGCCAAGCAUGCAGUUAAUGGUGUUACCAAGAAUGCUGCACUCGAUAACGCCAAACAUGGCAUCCGUGUCAAUAGCGUGUGUCCGUCGUGGGUCGAUACCCCUAUGAUUCGCAAGGCGAUGGAUGAUAUUCCCGAACUCGGAGAGAUGAUCCAGAAAGCCGUUCCGCUCGGAAGGAUUGCGCUGGCCGAGGAAGUUGCCGAUGCGGUCAUGUUUCUGUCUAGUCCGAGGGCGAGCUAUGCUACGGGGUGCAACAUGAUUUUGGAUGGGGGCACCACGCUUGCUGCUCAUGUUUGAUUGGGAUCUGAUAUUCCGGAGGUUGAUCAAGGGUGUACUCUCAUAGAAAUUGCGAAUUGGUACGAUCAGAUCUUAUGGGCGAGCAAAAUCUUGUUGUGUACGGAGGAUUUGUCUCUCGGUUCUAGGCUCACUACAACCUCGAAAGCCCAUAACCCCCGA